AACACACCGGCGCUCCCAGCAUGCAGCGCGACAGCAAGAUGGCGGCGCCCAGGUGGGGUCCUGCGGCCGGGUUCCCCGUCACCCCGGGCAACGACCUCGCCAGCGGCGCCAGCAGCGGCGGCGCGGGCCGAAGCGCCGCACAGAGCGGCCAGGACAAGCCCAAGAAGCCGUGUCGGGCGUGCGUGGACUUCAAGACGUGGAUGCGGGACCAAAAGCAGCUGGCGGUGUCGGCGGGGAAGGAAGGGGAUGUUUACGAGGACCUUGAUAAGCCACGUCCGAUUGAAUGCCCUUUAGAUCGUGAGGAGUUGGGGAGGAGCACCUGGUCUUUUCUUCAUACGAUGGCAGCCUACUACCCGGACAAACCCACCACAAAUCAACAGGAGGACAUGAAACAGUUUAUUUCUUUGUUUUCAAAGUACUUUCCCUGUGACGAAUGUGCGCAAGAUUUGAGAGACAGACUGAAGACCACUCCACCAGACACGACCGACAGGCACAAGUUUUCCCAAUGGAUGUGCUUUCUUCACAACGAUAUCAACAAGCGUAUAGGGAAGCCAGAAUUCGAUUGCUCUAAGGUGGAUGAGCGAUGGAAGGAUGGAUGGAAGGAUGGCUCAUGUGACUGAUUUGUGAAUCUUACAUUUUCAAUUACUUUGACGUGUGUAGUAUUUUUUCUUGUUCUUGACAAAAUGUUGUCAUCUGGUUUUAGUCGCCUAGAAAUCAAAACAUAUAAUAUUUCUCCCCUCCCUCUCAUAAUUUCUUAACCCCCCCGCAACCAAAUUAAGGUAGAUAUUUACUUCAACAUAGGCAUCCAGUUCUGAUUGUGAGGGACUUGACUGAUUUUACUCUCUUAGUCUGAGGAAGGGUUCCAACCCGAAACGUCACAUGUUCCUUUUCACGAGAAAUGCUGCCUGACCCGCUGAGUUACAUCAGCAUUUUGUGCAUAAGACACAUAUUGUGCAUAGUUCCUUCCGACUCUAAUUUUGCUCUCUCUCUCACUCUGUCCUCUAGAGGGCGCCGAUGAGUCAGGGUGGUAAUUUAUAUGAAGGUCUCCACCAAAGAUACUAGAGGAGCUAGUAUCUAGCUAGCAUCUUUGGCCCCCACUUAUCCCUGACUGAAUUUAGUCAGUGGGGGAAAAAGAGUUGCGUUUUCUUAAAGGCUGCAAGCGUAACUUGUGUUGGGAAGUGAAACAUUCUGGUUUUCCAUUUCCUUUCUCCUUGAAUUUACGUAAAAUUGAAGAUCUUGCUAGGAGACUUCAAUGAUUAAUUGUUUUGAUUGAAUGCCACCCAGUGGCAAGAGGUAAAAUAAAAUGUUUCAUGUUAUUUCAAAAUCAAAUGGAGAGCAAUAAACCACACUGGCAAGAGUCAAUCAUAGAGUCUCACCUCCUUGUGAACUCACAAACCAGUUUAUAUUGUGAAUACAAGGAACUGCAGAUGCUGGUUUACAAUAGUUACCAGUGCUUUAUUUGCCAUGUGCAACUGCGCAGUGAAAUUCAUUUUGCAUAUAUCACUUAUACGGCACCGCCAUGUUUUGGCGCCAUUACUCCACGCACGCUCGAUGUACUGGAGAGGUUCCCAUGAACUGCCGUCCCACUCCUCUCCUUGCCCGGCCAUCUUUGUGUCCCAGGGGACGCCCCCCCUGCCCUCUACCUGAAGAUGCUAGAGGCAUUACCCAGGAUCUCCCUCCGACUGGCCAUUGCUCCUCAUGCCCGACUUCUCCAGCUCCCUCCCAGUUAUGCCACCCGCCAAGCCUUCAGGUGGGUUCCUGAUCCCGUCGACUGACAUUAGGGGCAAUUUUACAGAUGCCAGUCAUAGAAAGCCACAAAAUGAUGGAGUAACUCAGCGGGUCAGGCAGCAUCUCUGGAGAACAUGGACAGAUGACGUUUCGGGUUGGGACCCUUGUUCAGACUCAGCAGGAGUCGCAGAAGGGGAGCAGUGAGAGAAGGUCUUGAGGAAGAGUCCCUUCCUGAAACGUCACCUGUCCGUGUUACUCCAGCACUUUGUGUGUUUUGUCUAUACAUGGUGGUGAACUUUCCUUGUGAUUUUGGGACAAAUCAGUAAAUCCAUGAAACUGAAGAUAGACACAAAAUGCUGGAGUAACUCAUCGGGACGGCAGCAUCUCUGGAGAGAAGGAAUGGGUGACGUUUCGGGUCGAGACCCUGCUUCAAACUCACAAAACUGAAGAUGUUUAAACCAACAUCUGCAGUUCCUUCUAACACAAUCCAUGAAACUGCUGAGGUUGUGAAGCUUUGAAUUCCCUGCAAUUGCACUAAUUAUCAGCUAGACUAUAACCAAUGUAGCUGAAUCUUGAAGUAUGUGUCUGCCUUGCUGACAAAAACACUCACUCCUAAUGGGCCUGUCCCACUUACACGACUUUUUCAGCGACGGCCGGCACCCGUCAUAGGUCGGUACAGAUCGCCUAAAAUUUUCAACAUGUUGAAAUUCCAGCGGUGACCCGAAUAAGGUACGACUCUUUGGGCAGCUACUCACAACCAUACAGGCUUCACCCCG